UUUUUGUAAAUAAUAUAACAUGACUUUUUUAAAUUAAAUUUAAUUUGAUUCUGAUACAUUUACAGUGUAAAACAUAAAAUGACGGGUUAAAAUUUGAUUGUUUUUAAUUGCUCUCUAGCAGAGAUUCAAAAAACGCUUCGUUGGAGUAUUGGACCGUAGGGUAGCGCUAAUGUCGUUAAUUUUCCUGCAAUUCCUGCAUGGGCACAAGUCCGUCAGUUCGCGAUAUGGGUUUCCUUGGGACGUGUGUGUACUUUACACCAUCACCAGAAGUUUUGUGAUUGUUUGAAAAGUUGUGCCAUAAAAUGGAAAAGUCCGUAAUCAACGUACUGCAAGAACACUGUAUAACACGAUUCAAGAAAUACCCGGAAUACCUAACACGUGACACCUCUAAGGGCAACUCUCCACUCUUCACCGUCGAGUGCGUUAUCGAAAACGUAAGAUCAGCGGGUAUUGCAUCAUCGAAAAUUGCAGCAAAAACUGACGCAGCCGAACAAAUGUUAAGAAAGCUGGGCAUUUCUAAGUCAAACAACAUGACUGCAUCAAACUACAGUUCAACCACUUAUACAUCACCACCCAGAACAAAUGAAAAUUAUGUGGGAACUUUGAAUGAAUACUGCUCGAAGAAUAAUUAUGUCUAUCCAAAUUAUAGUGAGGGGAUGGAUGGUUCAACAUUUCGCACAAUAUGCCGGCAUCAAUCACUAGUAACCGAGGGCAGGGGCAGCAAUAAGAAAAUUGCAAAACAAGAGAGUGCCAGAGCAAUGAUAGAACUAUGUCAUGACAAAACCAAAACAUCCAGUACUAACAGUGGCAAUAAAGUUAUUUGCAAUAAUUUGAGCGCAUUAUCACUUCAAGAUUUUUGCAAUCCUAAAUGUCAGCCAUCUCAACCAAUUAUUACAUCCACGCCUAAUAAACAAUCAUCUAUUAAGCCGUUUGCACUAUCCAAUCAAACGGAUUCAGUGAGUGCAUUAAAUCUGUACUGCGACAAAUACAAAUACAAAAAGCCUGAAUAUUUUGAUAUUGGCAAAGAAGGAAAUGUAUACACUACUAAAUGUGUGUAUCAGAGUUUUAUGACAAGGGGAACAGGAUUGACCACAAAGUUUGCCAAGCAGGAUAGUGCAAGGCAAAUGCUUGAAAUAAUUGGUGUUAGGAAGCCAGAUGACAAGCCAACAGUUCAAGAAGUGAAUUUAAUUGAUAUGAAUGAUAAUAUUAAUCAUCCAAUUCAGCCUGCAAAACCGCAACUUUUGGACAAAGAGGUUAUUGAGAUAUAUAAUAAGACGACGCCUAUAAAACAUCUUCAGAAAACGGAGACCAACGACAUAGAAGAGUUGAUGUCGUUCUUUGCUGCAAAAAAUGAAGAGCCAAAUUGCGAAAAUCCACAAACGCAUGCGCAUUUGCGGCAAAUAUUGGUCGACAAUAAAGUAAAGUAUGAGAUUGAGGUGUUGCAAAAUCAUGAUCCUUGUAUUAUGAUUCUUAAAGGUAAGAGACUGAUGAAUGAUGGGAAAAUACUUGAUAGAAACUUAAUGGACAUGGGUGAUAGAAGGCAGGAAAUUAUUGGCAAUCUUUUAACCAAAGCUAUUGCAUCCUUUGAAUGCAAACAAUUAUAAAGUUAUAUUUGUUUAAGAAUGCAUAAUCCAUUAUUUAUAGUUUAACUGAGAGUUUCCCACGAUGGCCUCGAGGCGAAAUGUGAUAAUGACACAAUAUAUUAAUUUCCAUUUAUUAAAGUGCUUGUUGUGCUGCAAUUUUAUUUUUGCACAACACGCACAAAAAUGGAAGUCAAUAAAAUAUCAUUUAAACUAUAAAUAAUUUUAAGUAUAUUUUCACUAUCUAUGUUUGUUUUAUCGUAAUUUUGAUACUUUUAUUACUUGUUAUUAAAUUAUAAUUACAUGUCAAAUCCUAGCAAGGAAGGUUCAAUAGAAAAAGACUGCAUGAAGUUUUCCUGAUCUUCCUUGUAGCGCGCCUUGAGUAAAUACUCUCUUGCUAGAUCGUUGUGCGCAUAGUUAUAUCUGGCGGCUGCGCUUUGAUGAAUUACCAGCUGCUGCAUACACUCUUUGAGUCGUUCCUGGCGGUUGUCCUCGUAGUAGUAUAGUUCUUUGUAACGAUGUGCAACAGUUUCAUAAUCAGAGUUAUGGUGAGUUUUAAACGACUCUUUCGAUUCUUUGGAACUUGUUUUGUUAUCGUCAGCAUGCCAUACUUUUAACGAACUUAAGAUUUUCUUAAACAAUGACUGUGUUUGUUCGAUUUUAGUAUGGUGUUGAUGUUUACAUUUUACUGAUACUUUUAAACCUAAAAACAUAGCAUUGAUAAAAUUGUUUUGUUUUUAAAUAUUACAAUUGUUACCUAAAGUGUUAGAAUCCAUGGAAGUUGUAGUUGUAUUUAACGUAGACGACAAGUUUGAGAAUUGCCGGUAGUUGUUUCCUUCGGAUGGGACAAUAUCCAAUAGUUUGGCUAUGAUAUCACCAAUAAAUGGCAUAUAAAUGGGUGAUUUUGUUGCAUGAUGGAAUGAGUUUUGAAAUGUUGGAAGUCUAGUGUCUCGAUACAGCCGGCACAAGUUCUCAAACACUCUAGAAAACAUUAAUAUUGAUGAUGUAAUUUGAUACUUAACGGACAAUAUAGUUUAAUUAAUUCUA